GGAUAUAUUCAUUUUUAGGGUAAAGUCACAAAAGUACUUUUGCUUUGCCCCAUCCUAGUAGCUUUCUCCAUCAUUCAAGUUUGACUCGCUGUAAAAACAGAGGAACAAGAAACUGAAGAUUACCGAAGCUUUUCAUCGAUGGCGGAUCUUCUUCCCGCCAGUUUCUUGACGCAGGCCAACGCUCUGUCUAGAAAAAACUUAGCCUAUCAGAGACGUAACAUAUGGAGCAAUGUUCGGCUGAUCGUGAUCCCAUUGUACCUAUGCGUGGUUCUAGUGAGCAUUCAAGCUCUGUUCGAUACACAUGUUAAUAACUCUCCUGAUAAUCGAUGUGGUUGCCAAUGCAUCGACCACAAAAACAGAGAUGGUAAAUGCGAAAGAAAGAGUUGCGGUUUAGAAUAUUCAUCUCAGAAACAAGCAUUUUUCUGUGCCUUCCCUAACCCUCCACUAUUGCCUCCUCUGUUACACAUUCCACUUCCCAAAACUCCUUCUGUCUCUUGUAGACGACGAACACGAUCUUGUCCUGUUACUAUGCUUGUUACUGGGAAUAACCACUCCCUUGGACCAACUUUAUCUAAGAAUCUGCUUACUACUUCUUUCUUGGCGAACUCCUCUAAACUCUGGUUGCGUAAUCUAGCCAUUAAUGUCUUGGCAAGUUCUUCUCUGCCUCUUGAAUUCUGGUUGUUUUCAUUAUCAUCAAGUCUCAUUUCACUCUUCACCUUCAGGUCUCCUCUCAAGUUUCAGAAAGAGGUGAGAUGUGUUCAAGGAUUGAGUCUCUGGAGGAAUAAAUCCAUUAAUCAUGAGAUCUUAAAAAGAUAUCAGAAAGGAAAUCAUAAGGAGAUUAUCAAUGAGGUCACUGCAGCAUACGAUCUCUUGGACACGGACAUGAACAACUUCAACGUGACCAUCUUCUAUAACUCUACAUACAAGACCAAGUUACUAGAAAGACGUGUAAAGCUUGUUCGAGUUCCUCGCUCAGUCAAUUUAGUUUCAAAUGCUUAUCUCCAGUAUUUGAAAGGACCAGGGACAAAGAUGUUAUUUGAGUUUAUCAAAGAAAUGCCUAAACCAGAAACUAGGCUUCGUGUGGACGUUGCUUCUUCCAUUGGCCCCAUUUUCUUCACAUGGGUCAUUCUUCUUCUGUUCCCUGUGAUAUUGAACUCAAUGGUGUAUGAGAAGCAGCAACGUCUAAGAAUCAUAAUGAAAAUGCAUGGUCUUGGAGAUGGUCCGUAUUUGGUGAUUUCCUACGCCUAUUUCCUCGCUAUAUCCACCUUAUACGUUAUAUGCUUGAUGAUAUUUGGAUCAGUAAUAGGACUGAAUUUUUUCAGGCUUAAUAACUACAGCAUCCAGUUCAUUUUCUAUUUUAUCUACAUAAAUCUGCAAAUCUCCAUUGCCUUUCUAGUUUCCUCAGCGUUUUCAGAAGUUAAGACAGCAUCAGUUGCUGCCUACAUAUACGUCUUUGGAUCUGGACUCUUGGGAGCGUUUCUCUUCCAGUUUCUGAUGGAAGAUUCAACGUUUCCUAGACGAUGGAUUUUUGUGAUGGAGUUGUAUCCUGGCUUCUCUUUAUACCGUGGGUUGUAUGAGUUCUCCGAGUAUGCUCUUAACAGAAGGAAUGGGAUGAAGUGGAGAGAUUUCAGUUAUAGUGGAAUGGAUGGAGUUUUCUCCAUCAUAAUCAUUGAGUGGUUUGUCUCACUCAUUGCAACAUACUAUAUCGAUAAGAUAUCUUCAUCCGGAAAAGACCCUUUGUUCUUCUUGAAAAACUCUUUUAAGUCUUUGCCAAGUCCUGGCCUGCAAAAACAAGGCUCGGAAGUUUCUAUAGAAAUGGAGAAACUAGAUGUAACUCAGGAGAGAGAAAAAGUUGAGCAGUUGAUGCUUGAGCCGAGCACAAGAUAUGCCAUUGUAUGUGACAACCUGAAGAAAGUGUAUCCAGGUAAGGAUGGGAACCAGCCUAAAAUGGCAGUUCAAGGGCUAUCUCUCGCUGUACCUUCAGGAGAAUGCUUCGGCAUGUUAGGGCCCAAUGGUGCUGGCAAGACCUCCUUCAUCAAUAUGAUGACUGGGCUUGCGAAACCAACAUCUGGAGCAGCUUUUGUUCGAGGUUUGGACAUAUGCAAUGAUAUGGACAGAGCAUACACCAGCAUGGGUGUGUGCCCACAGCAUGACUUGCUUUGGGAGACUCUGACAGGAAGAGAACAUCUGCUCUUUUAUGGGAGACUUAAGAAUCUCAAAGGCUCUGAUCUCAACCAAGCUGUAGAAGAGUCUCUUAAGAGUGUGAACCUGUUUCGUGGAGGAGUUUCUGGUAAACCUGCUGGAAAAUACAGUGGUGGUAUGAAAAGACGGCUAAGUGUAGCCAUUUCACUUAUUGGUAGUCCUAAGGUGGUUUAUAUGGAUGAGCCAAGUACAGGACUUGAUCCAGCUUCAAGAAUGAACCUAUGGACAGUCAUCAAACGUGCCAAAAGACACACUGCGAUAAUUCUCACUACUCACUCAAUGGAAGAGGCAGAGUUUCUUUGUGACCGAUUGGGUAUUUUUGUAGAUGGAAGGUUACAAUGCAUAGGGAACCCAAAAGAGCUAAAGGGAAGAUAUGGUGGAUCUUAUGUGUUUACUAUGACAACAGCAUUAGAGAAUGAGAAAGACGUGGAGAUGUUGGUUCAAAAUGUUUCUCCAAACGCCAAGAAGAUAUAUCACAUCGCAGGGACACAGAAGUUCGAAAUGCCUAAAGAAGAAGUUCGAAUAUCAGAAGUGUUUCAGGCGGUGGAGAAGGCUAAGAGCAGCUUCAGGGUGUUUGCUUGGGGACUUGCGGACACAACCCUUGAAGAUGUCUUCAUCAAGGUUGCUAGAACUUCCAAAGCUUUUAAUGUAUUUUCUUGAAUCUUCGUAACAUUAUCAUGUUUUUUCUGUUCAAUGUCAAUAUUUGCUUUGAUGUCAAUGUCAAUGUGGGCAUGCAAAGUUGGAAAUCGGCUGCAAAUUUGUGAGUUUCUUUAAGGUUUCUAUAACUUGUUAUUUGUGAAUGAUCUAUGUGAAACAAAAAAGAGAAUGUUUAAAUUGUGGCUAUUUUAAUUUCUCUUAAUUUUUGG